CACACUUCGACGCACGUGUUAAAUAUAACAGCUUUAAAGUAAUGAGCUAAAAGUUUGAGCACAUCUAAAUGAAUUAUUUAUUCAUUCAAUAAUAAGUGAAUUUAUUUUAAUUGGCGGCGUAAACAUCGAUGGAAUCGAUAGGAAUCAAUGCUUGAAAUGAUUCAUGUUUCCCUUUUCCUGAUCUUUCUUGGUAUACGACUUGUUGAUUGUAAACAAACAGAAAAAACGACUACCUAAGCAUGCAGUUGCCACAACAAAGACCGCACCAUGACAUCGCUGCACUUUUUGCCGGUGCAAAAGAUUUCCUGCGGGUCAGUGCACCAAUGGUGCGAUACAGUAAACUGGAAUUUCGCAGACUACUUCGACAGAACGGCGUCCAAUUGGCGUUUACUCCCAUGAUGAUAUCUGAUUCUAUCAAUAACAGUGAGAAAGCGCGCCAGAAUGAGUUCAGCACGGGAUUGGAUGAUCUGCCGCUGAUAGCACAGUUUGCGGCCAAAGAUGCCACUGAAUUUGUGACAUCCGCUCAGCUUAUCUACCCGUAUGCAGAUGGUGUUGAUUUAAAUUGCGGCUGUCCACAAAGUUGGGCCAUUGCCAAGGGAUACGGUUGUGGUUUACUUCGACAACCGGAGCAGAUGCGCGACAUUGUCCAGUGCCUGCGACGCACGCUCCCCGCAAUGUUUAGUGUAUCCGUGAAGAUGCGAUUGUUACAGGGCAAGGACAACGAGACUUCAGUGCAGAAAACCAUCGAGUUGGCUCAACAAUUGGAGCAUUGCGGCGUCACUUUUUUGACGCUCCAUGGUCGAACACCGACACAGAAGCACUCCAAGGAUACGCUGAAUGUGGCAGCCAUGGCCGAAGUGGCACAGUCAUUGCAAAUACCACUAAUUGUCAAUGGUAAUGUUGAAAGCUUUCAGGAUGCUUGUGAAUUGCACGAGAAAACUAAAGCGGCAGGCGUAAUGGCUGCUCGAGGAUUACUUGCUAAUCCGGCGUUAUUCAAUAAUGAGUAUCAGCUGGCUACCAGCACCCCGAAGGGAUGUGUGGAACAGUGGUUGGACAUUGCAGAGACGGCUGGCGAUCAUUUGCAGUUUCAGUGCUUUCAUCACCAUCUCAGCUUCAUGUGGAGCAACGCAAUGAAACGUGCCACUCGUGUCCAGUUUAACAGCCUUAGCAGUCGAGCCCAAGUGCUUGAAUUUCUGGCUGAACACUUUGAUGUCCACCCAAGGGGCCGCAGCUUGGGAGCCAGCUAUACAAACUGUACAUAUUCUCACUUUACGCCUCCGAAGCACGCUCGACAUCUGGCUGCCGAAGCAGAGGACAGCUCUUGGGAUGCCGGAAGCGAUGGAAAAUUCUUCGCUGAAUUUAAAACAAAUCAACUGUCUAACGAUAAUGUAGACGAUCUGGAGCUGGAUGGUUUAUUCGCACACGAAGACUGAGGCUUGUUAAUUAUAAUAUUAAGAGUAAACUUACUUUGUUAUAAACAUUUUCUCUCAUCAAAUUCAAUUUAAUUAUUAACGUUGUAUAUAUUAUAAAUUAAAUAAGAGAGAGUUCCCCUUAUUCACUCAUUUCAGGGAGAUUAUAAUACAAAUUUUCAAUCUAAAGAUGGAAUCCAUCAAUAUAUGCAAUUUAAGUGAGGGAUCCGUUACGCUAUUUUAAUGCAAGCAAAACAGUGUGGUAUAUUAAGUUAAUACACUGAAAAUUUGCUAUCAAAUGAAAAUUGUAGAAGUUAUUCAAUAAAU